ACAAAUCCCGGUACGUACCGCGCUGCAGCCCCGAACCUGAGGGCGCUUUCUGGUGGGUCUUCAUCUCGUUUGUCUGUGACAUAGAGAAAGCUGCUUUCACAAGAGGCUUUUUGUUUUUGGAAACAUGAUAGCGCUUUCGCUGGGGUGCGCAGGACGGUGCUUGCGGCCGCGGCUUUUUGCUGCGGCGAAUCUGCCGUUGCAGUACGGUGGUGGUCUCAGGACCCGCCACGUGACGCUUGUCGAAUCUGCUGCGGGGAGAACGACGCGAGGGUUGCUUGGGUAGCGACUGUCAUGGCGACCGCCUCCCCCAAUGCCGGGGGCUCGGCGCCGGAGGCAGCGGGUUCCGCCGAAGCCCCGCUGCAGUACAGCCUUCUCCUGCAGUAUCUGGUGGGUGACAAGCGCCAGCCGCGGCUCCUGGAGCCUGGGAGCCUGGGCGGGAUCCCAAGUCCAGCCAAGAGCGAGGAGCAGAAGAUGAUGGAGAAGGUGAUGGAAAGCUGCGCUUUCAAGGCUGCGCUGGCCUGCGUGGGAGGAUUUGUCUUAGGAGGUGCAUUUGGGGUGUUUACUGCCGGCAUCGAUACCAAUGUGGGCUUUGACCCUAAGGAUCCUUACCGCACACCGACUGCAAAAGAAGUUCUGAAGGACAUGGGGCAGAGAGGAAUGUCGUAUGCCAAGAAUUUUGCCAUCGUGGGAGCCAUGUUUUCCUGUACUGAGUGUUUGGUGGAAUCUUACCGGGGAAAGUCGGAUUGGAAGAAUAGCGUCUUCAGUGGCUGCAUCACCGGAGGAGCCAUUGGUUUCAGAGCUGGCUUAAAAGCUGGGGCCAUCGGUUGUGGAGGUUUCGCUGCAUUCUCUGCUGCCAUUGAUUAUUACCUACGCUGAGAGUGACCGCCCAUGGGAAGGACGAUGCCAGCCCUGGAUCUGAGCUGCUCUUUGGAGGAUGGUUUCUGGACCACCCCAGGGCCCUUGCUUCAGGGCCUGAAGACGUUCGUUUUCCCUCACAUCGUCGGGAUUCUGAGGGGCCGCCUGGCUUCUCUCUGGCCUUCAGAGCAACCACACUUUGCUGCUCCUGGCCUCCAGCCAGGCCUCAGAGAGGACGUGUCGUGCCACAUGCUCUCCUUAGAGCAGAUCGGGAGACAGGAUGUCGAUGUACAGGAAUUGGGCUCCACAAGCUUAGUCCUGACCACAGCUGGUCCUCUAGGUUGGUGUUGCGAACACAGAGGUGACAGUCUUUACAGGUACCAGGAAGCCCUUCUACCUGGGACUCCAGGCAGCUGUCCAUCUCCAAUACCAGGCAGGGCAGGGCGGGUCAGUGCUGUCCAACCAAUUGUAUCACGUGUUUUGUGUUCUGCCAUCAUUGUUUAAAAAAUAUGCCCCCCCCACACCUUAUAGUUC